UGUAAAUAAAAUGGUUUCAAAAAAUAGAAAAUUUCACUCCGUAACCCGCAAUUUGAAAUCAAAUUGAAGACCAAAGGAUAAUAGACAAUUACUCAAGAAAUACUAGGGUGUACUGGUAUAGUGCGGAUGGCAGUAAAUGGCUUGGGCAGUCCCUGUGGAGGCUCCGGCAAAUCCGCAGGACACAAACGUCUAUCCAUAUGUUGUUGCUCAUACUCUUGCGAGACAUGUUGAGUCUCUUGGUUUUUGGGAUGCUAUCCCUCAUGACUUUGUUGUUGUUCUUUUAAAGCAUCUGCAAAUCAUGGCGAUCUCCAGAGGCCAAAGAGCGAAGCCGAAAUCGAGAUCAAUCCUCACACUCACGUUGUCCAUCGCCGCCAUUGCUUUCUUGUUCCUCUACUCUUCCUUUUUCUCCACUGACCGCUUCUCCAUUUCCACCCCCAAAACCAUAAGGGACCUCAUAGUGGUUCACUCCAGGACCAGACCGCAGAAAGGGCCUGACAAAUUCCUCUACUGGGGGAGCAGAAUCGACUGCCCUGGGAAGCAUUGCGACUCCUGUGCGGGGCUAGGUCACCAAGAAUCCAGCCUCCGGUGCGCCCUUGAAGAAGCCAUCUUCCUUCAUAGAACGUUUGUAAUGCCUUCUAGGAUGUGCAUCAAUCCAAUACACAACAAGAAAGGGAUUCUUCAUCAAUCCGAGCAUGCAACUUCCGAGGAAGAAGGGUGGGCAGCUAGUUCUUGUGCCAUGGAUUCUCUGUAUGAUUUGGAGCUCAUAUCAGACACAGUUCCUGCUAUUCUGGACAACUCAAAAAUGUGGCAUCAGGUUCUUGCCACAAGUAUGAAAUUAGGUUCCAGAGGGAUCGCUAAUGUGAGAGAUGUUAGCCGGGCUGAACUUAAAGAAAAUAGUUUAUACUCAAACAUUUUGCUGAUAAACCGAACUGCAAGCCCCCUUUCAUGGUUCAUGGAGUGCAAGGAUCGAACCAAUCGUAGUUCUGUCCUAUUGUCAUUUUCUUUCCUUCCUUCAAUGGCCGCCAAGAAGCUAAGAGAUGCCGCAGGAAAGAUCAAAGCACUGAUUGGGGAUUAUGAUGCUAUUCAUGUGCGCAGAGGAGAUAAGAUCAAGACGAGGAAGGAUAGGCAUGGGGUUGAACGAAGCUUACAUCCUCAUUUGGACAGAGAUACACACCCAGAGUUCAUUCUGUGCAGAAUUGCUAAAUGGGUCCCAUCUGGUCGGACUCUUUUCAUUGCUUCUAAUGAGAGAACGCCCGGUUUUUUUUCACCUCUGGCUGUAAGGUACAAACUAGCCUAUGCUUCAAACUACAGCAAGAUUUUGGAUCCAGUGGUUGAGAACAAUUAUCAGCUGUUCAUGGUGGAAAGGCUAAUCAUGAUGGGAGCAAAAACAUUCAUCAGAACAUUCAAAGAAGAUGGCACUGAUCUUUCUCUUACAGAUGAUCCAAAAAAGAACACCAAGUUGUGGCAAAUACCUGUUAAUACCACUGACACCAAAGGUUGCCAAUAAACUCAAUGCUUGAUGACACUUGUUUCUCCUGUUUUUUUUUUCGAGAACAAUUUUUUUCAUACAAAAUCCUUGGUUAAGUUGUGCUUUAUUAGAAAAAAGGUGAGUUUUGACUUUUGAGAGCGCAAGCUACUUGAGAAU